CGCGCGCACUCACAGCCGCUCCGCCCGGCGCCGCUCUCCGGUCCUCGCCAGCCCGCCCGCCGCCGCCGCCGUCGGAGCCGCCGCCGUCGGAGCCGCCAUGCAGCCCCCGCGCGCCCCGGGCGUCCCGCCGCCGCCGCCGCCGCCGCUGCUGCUGCUGCUGCCGCUGCUGCUCCUCGCGGCGCCCGCCCCCGCGCAGCCGUCCCGGGCCGGACGCUCGGCGCCCGCGGCCGCCGGGUGCCCGGAGCGCUGCGAGCUCGCGCGCUGCCCCCCGCCGCCGGGGCCCUGCGAGGGCGGCCGCGUCCGCGACGCGUGCGGCUGCUGCGAGGUGUGCGGCGCGCCCGAGGGGGCGGCGUGCGGCCUGCAGGAGGGCCCGUGCGGCGAGGGGCUGCGGUGCGUGGUGCCCUCCGGGGUGCCCGCCUCGGCCACGGUGCGGCGGCGCGCGCAGGCCGGCGUCUGCGUGUGCGCCAGCGGCGAGCCGGUGUGCGGCAGCGACGCCAACACCUACGCCAACCUGUGCCAGCUGCGCGCCGCCAGCCGCCGCGCCGAGAGGCUGCACCAGCCGCCGGUCAUCGUCCUGCAGCGCGGCGCCUGCGGCCAAGGGCAAGAAGACCCUAACAGUUUGCGCCAUAAGUACAACUUCAUCGCUGACGUGGUGGAGAAGAUCGCCCCUGCCGUGGUUCACAUCGAGCUGUUUCGCAAGCUUCCGUUUUCUAAGAGGGAGGUGCCGGUGGCCAGUGGGUCUGGCUUUAUCGUGUCCGAAGAUGGAUUGAUUGUGACAAACGCCCACGUGGUGACCAACAAGCAUCGGGUCAAGGUCGAGCUGAAGAAUGGUGCCACUUAUGAAGCCAAAAUCAAGGAUGUGGAUGAGAAGGCAGACAUCGCGCUUAUCAAAAUUGACCACGAGGGGAGGUUGCCUGUCCUGCUGCUUGGCCGCUCCUCAGAGCUGAGGCCCGGGGAGUUUGUGGUCGCCAUCGGAAGCCCGUUUUCCCUUCAAAACACCGUCACCACCGGGAUCGUCAGCACCACCCAGCGCGGUGGCAAAGAGCUGGGGCUCCGGAACUCGGACAUGGACUACAUCCAGACGGACGCCAUCAUCAACUAUGGAAACUCAGGAGGCCCGUUAGUCAACCUGGACGGCGAGGUGAUUGGGAUUAACACUCUGAAGGUGACAGCUGGAAUCUCCUUUGCAAUCCCAUCUGAUAAGAUUAAGAAGUUCCUCACCGAGUCCCAUGACCGACAGGCCAAAGGCAAGGCCAUCACCAAAAAGAAGUAUAUUGGCAUCCGGAUGAUGUCACUUACUUCCAGCAAAGCCAAAGAGCUAAAGGACCACCAUCGAGACUUCCCAGAUGUGCUUUCGGGAGCAUAUAUCAUCGAAGUCAUUCCUGAUACCCCAGCAGAAGCUGGAGGGCUCAAGGAAAAUGAUGUCAUAAUCAGCAUCAACGGACAGUCCGUGGUCUCUGCCAGUGACGUCAGCGAUGUCAUUAAAAAGGAGAACACCCUGAACAUGGUUGUCCGCAGGGGCAAUGAAGACAUUAUGAUCACAGUGAUUCCCGAAGAAAUCGACCCGUAGGGAGAGGCAUGAGCUGGAUUUCAUGUUUCCUGCAAAGACUCUCCAGUGGACGAUGCAUGAUGACUCUGGGCGGGUGGCACGGCGCCCCCAGGACUUUGGACCAUGUUGUUUGUCCAGCAGAAACACCUGGCCAACAGAAUCCUUCUUGAUAGUUUGCAGGCGAAACAAAUGUAAUGUCGUAGAUCUGCAGGCAGAAGCUCGCCCUUCUGUAUCCUAUGUACUCAGUGUGCUUUUCCUUGCCAGCUUGGACUGUUCCUGCUUAGACAGUCAACAUUUGUCUCUUCCUUUUACCGAGUCAUCAUCUUAGUCCGACUAAGGCAGUUGAUGUAACGCGUAGAUGGAGGAAAGUCCCGUGGGAGCCAGGAUGGUCCUGGGCACGUUUCCGCUUUCCUCCUAGUCAGCACCCAGAGGAGGUCGACGCCAGAGACCACCGCUGGGUGAAUGCUGGCUUCCAGAAGGGCCAGAGUCGCCUCUUUUAGGAAACUCUUCAGAACUGGGAGCACAGUGACUUUGAGUUUGAGCUAUUAAAACCCUUCUUCAUA